AUGAUGUGGAAGUCAUCGACGCUCCAUGACUACGGCUCUCAUGGUUCCAUAAGAGCCACCGAUGAUGCUACGUUUCCCAUUCUCAAACUGGCCCAUCCAAACGACGCCUUGUCCCUCCAACUGAUCGAACGCGAAUUCCACAUACUCGUCGACUUGAGGAAGCUGGGAGUCCCCGUCGUGGAUUUCGACCAGAACCCCAUCACCUGCGACGGCAUUUUGUACGGCUAUCGCAUGAAGGAGCUCACGAAAUUGGAGCCGGGGGAGCUUUACACUCGGCGGAAGGAUGCAAGGGACGCCUUGAGCUUGCUGCAUCGCGCAGGCUACUGCCAUGGCGACUUCCACCCGAGCAACAUGAUGAAGGCCGACGAUGGUCGUCUGAUCCUCAUCGACUUUGGCUUCUCUGGUCGAAUCGGCAGUCCCGUGCCGCCCUUUAUGCCAUCUUGGCGCUUCCCUACUGGCAGAUAUUGUCUCGACCAGGACAUUGCAGCGUUGGAAAAGUAUGCGCUGCCAAGCUAG